UGUAGCUCAAUAAUGUGGCUUGUGAAAAAAAUAAUUCCAUGUAUAUUUUUAAUUUCAUCUGUUGUGUCUGCAAGUUCACUUAAAACAGUCUACACUGUUCAAGCUAGGGUACUUCGAGGAACAAAAACUGGAUGCAUUCUUCCACCACAUCCGGACUUUGGAAACUGGUCGGUCUAUAACUCAAAUACUGAAUUGCUGCCUGGAGAUGAAAUACCUUCAGGUUCAAUUUUGCAAGUACUUUGCAACGAAAAUUACACAUUCGGCGAUCCCGGAUUUAGUACCUGUAUAGAAGGAAAAUGGAUACUCGCAAUUCCUAAAUGUUUACAAACCUGCCCUCCAUUGGCCAAUUCAGACCUCCUAAACGUUACUUGUUCAGAUAAAAAUGGAAAAAAUAUUAACUGUUCGAAAGCUACAGAAAAUUCGUCUGCCGACUUUAAGUGUACAGACUAUUACGAAGUUAGAGACUUGGACACUCGUCCACCGACCAUGUGUGUUGGAGGUAAAUGGAACAACAUAAUCCCAGAAUGCGUUCCAGUUUGUGGCAGAAAACGUUAUAGUGAGCCCACCUUUAUAGUUAAUGCACAGGCGGUACGUGAAGGAGAUUAUCCCUGGCAGGUUGCUAUAUAUAACGGAACUGAAGUAAAACAACUUAUUUGUGGUGGUUCUCUGUUAAAUCAAAACGUCGUUCUAACUGCUGCCCACUGUGUUAUAACCGCUGACGAUUUUCAUACCAAAAGUACUUAUAUAGUUGCGGUCGGGAAGUACUACCGCCAGAUUGAUGACGUACGGGAUUUUAAAGAAGCCCAAUUUUCUUUAGUGGAAAACAUAUUCAUUCCCGAAGAUUAUCAAGGCCGAAUCCGAAAUUAUAAAAGUGACAUUGCGGUUAUUAUUACUAAACAAAAAUUUACCUUAACUGAAAGAGUUUUACCAGUUUGUAUCGAGUGGAAUUCGCUUUUGUUGGACAAAGCCAUCAAAUUUUCACGCCACGGAUACGUAUGUGGUUGGGGUUACACACAGGAAGAUGGAAGUGUUUCAGAUGUUUUACGGGAAUUAAGCGUGCCCCUAGUUAACAACGCAUUAUGCGAAGAAAUAUUACCUAAUUAUUUCAGAAAAUACUUGACAAGUGACAAAAUAUGUGCUGGAUAUUCUAAUACAAGUACCUCGAUUUGUAAAGGUGACAGUGGAGGUGGUUUGGUACUGAAACGUGACGAUAGGUAUUACAUCACAGGAAUUGUUAGUGUGGGACCCCCGUCCCCUACAGCACACACAGACAGUUGUGAUAGUCAACAGUACGGACUUUACACUAAAAUUUCUGACCACAGAAACUUUAUCGCAAAAAAAAUUGCUUUAGUAGAUAGCGCAACACCAGUGGAAAGUAAGGAACCAACGACUGAUGAGGCUAUCAAAGAUACAAUUUUGGCUUCCAAAAAUGGUUGUAUCUUACCACAACAUCCCAAAUUUGGACAAUGGACAGUUCACGAUUUUGCUAAAAGACGUCGUUUCGUAACUGGACAGUUUGUAGAAUCAGGGACAGAGUUAAUAGUAAACUGCCAAGAUCAGUAUAUUUUAAAGGGUCCCAGUCAUGUUACCUGUGAAGAUGGUAUCUGGAACACUACCUUGGCAAAAUGUUUAAAGACUUGUCCUCCUAUAUAUAGUACUAAAACCAUGAAAGUGAGUUGCUCCUACCAACAAAGCAGUUUUCUUUCUAACGGAUAUACUAAAGAUUGCGUAAAUGCAACUGAUGGAACUUUGGCGGAUUUUGAAUGUGCACCUUUCUAUGAAGAUUUUGCAUUAAGUAGGAAUCCACUCCAUGUUUGUCUAGAUGGAAAAUGGGACCAAAAAACACCGGCAUGUUUUCCAGCAUGUGGAGUGGUAGAUGAAGACAAAGAACAAAAAUUGUUUCGGUGGCAUAUUGCUAUUUACAGUAGCACUACUAAAGAUUUAAUUUGUAGCGGAACUUUGGUUAAUGAAAAAGUUAUUUUGACUGCUGCUCAUUGCGUAAGCGAUUCCUCACGUAAUUUAAAAUCGAGAGAGAACUUCUUAAUAACAGCUGGAAAUUAUUAUCGACAUUUUAACGAUUCACGAGAUUCUGGAUACAUUCAAAUUUCCGGAGUGGAGGCCAUUUUCACCCCCAGAUCAAUUGAUAAUAAGACUAUUAGUUACGAUGGAGAUAUUGCUGUUCUAGUAGCAAGCAACCCAUUCAAAUUAAGUCAGAGAAUUGGACCAGUGUGUUUAGAUAAACGUCCCAUCAUUGGAUACGUCUCCAAACUUAAUUAUCUAUAUUCAACGGGAUGGGGUUAUGACAUUGAUAAAACGGAAUUUCCUGAUUACCUCAAAAAUGUUAAAAUUCCAAUUCAAUCUCAAGGAUUAUGCGACGAAAAAGUGGAACAUCAAUAUUACAAUCACUCAUUGUUUGAAGACAAAAUCUGCGUCGGAUAUGCCGAUAACAGUUCAAUGAUUUGUUUUGGAGACACAGGUGCAGGUUUAGUGUUUCGUCAUAAUGAUGGACGUCAUUAUUUAAUAGGGAUUAUGGUUCGUAGUCCAGAUAGUCCCACUGAAAUAAAUGCUUGCUCGAGGCAGAAGCUAGGCGUUUACACAAACACUUAUUUUUAUAUAUGGAAUUUCAUUUUACAGAAAGAAGCUGAAUUUCGACCUGAUUCGAACAAAACAUAGUAAAUAAAAUGAGUGUAUAGCAUAUAAAUAUUAAUUCUUUAGGUAAAACAGGGAUUUACUUUAGUAAUGUGUAGGACAUCAAUAACUGUUGUUAUCUUAUUAAA